AUGCCAAACCCAACCGAUUCCAUGACGAACCGUAACCCACCUCAACUGGAGCUCCGUGUAGCGGAACUGCAUAUGCGAUCGCAGCGUGAGCUGCAUGUGGACUCCGAAGAAGCUGUCCAGCAUGAACGACGUCGCGUUUCAAGGGAAUUGGAGCCGAUACAUGCUCACGAAUCUUCGCGACGAAGCUCUGAAGUACUACAUCAAAGUCCGGACCAUGCGAGCUUGAGGUCCCGCAACGCUUCUUCAAGAAACUCGACAGGUUCCCAUAACUCCCCAAGACCCGGUGUUGGCAAUGAGGGAACGGCUACAGACACGAGUCAAACCACUAUCCAGAGCACAACACCAUCAUCACGCUGGUACACCCCCAUAACAUCCUUCUGGUCCACACAUAUCAGCCUCAAAAUCGACUCAAACGCGCACCGCGACCACCUCGGCACGUUCCCUUCUCCCCCAUCCCCAAUGUCUCUAACCCAGCAUUCCAGCCCUCGAACGCACUUUCCUAGGCUACCUGCGUACCUCCCUGAUCCUCGUCGUCACAGGAGUCCUGACCGCCCAACUUUUCCGACUCCAGCACGCCGCCAAUCCGAGUCAAGACCUGGGGUUCUACGUGAUCGGCCGCCCGCUGAGUGUUUUGUUCAUCGGUAUGGGGUUGUUGGUGGUUGUAAUUGGGGCGCUGAGGUUUUGGAGGUUGCAGAGGGGGUUGGUGAAGGGGAUGGCGCUGGUGGGUGGGUGGGAGGUAUUGGUGGUUAUGGGGGGAAGUUUUUUGCUGGUGGUAGUUACGUUUGCAUUGGUGCUGGGAGUGAACAUUGA